AGAUCAGCUUAUGGUCCAAUGCUUAUAAAUGCACCAUCUCAAAGGAGUGAAACAGACAAAAGCUUUCAUCAGGUCUGCGUGUUUCCAAUCCAAGUAAAAUUCAUUAGAGAUGAUACAGCUAAACCUCGAGUUCUUCCCUACAGUUCUCCUCUUUGUUCUUCCCUUCCUCUUCUUAUUCAUCAAAGCCUUCUCAACUGCAAACAAGAAGUCUUCAGCUUCAUCUCAAAACAACAAACUACCAAGGGUAUAUCCCAUAGUUGGCUCUUCAUUUACCAUAGCUAAGAAUCAUGAGAGGUUCAGCCAAUGGGCCACGGAGCUUCUUCAAAACUCUCCCAAUGGAAACAUCCUCCUUUAUCGUCCUCUUGGCCAUAGUCAGCUCAUAACCACUAAUCCCUCCAACGUCGAACACAUCCUCAAAACCCAAUUUUACAAAUACCCCAAAGGUGAAUUCUUCCGAGACACCCUACUCGAUUUCCUUGGCGAUGGCAUCUUUAAUGCAGAUGCUGAUACGUGGAAGUUUCAGAGACAAAUGUCAAGUCAUGAAUUCAGCACUAGAUCUCUCCGGAAAUUCAUCGAAACAGUCGUGGAAGACGAGCUCUCCGGCCGCCUCCUCCCUCUCCUCUCUUCCGCCUCCGCCAACAACACAGUGUUUGAUCUACAAGACAUCCUUCAAAGAUUUGCAUUUGAUAAUAUUUGCAAGAUUGCUUUUGGGUUCGACCCAGAAUGCCUAUCUCCAUCAUUCCCACAACCUGUAUCGGAAUUCGCCGAAGCAUUUGAAGAUGCUACUAAUUUAAGCAGUGCAAGGUUUAAUUCCAUAUUCCCACCUUUGUGGAAGCUGAAACGGGCACUUAAUAUUGGGUCCGAAAGAAGGCUACGAGAAGCAAUUUCAACAGUUAAAGAGUACGCAACUAAUCUUGUCAGAAAAAAGAAGAAAGAACUCGAAUUGGAAACACUCCAAUCAGAAGAUCUUCUCUCCAAAUUCUUGAGUUCCGGUCACUCGGAUGAACGUUUCGUUACAGAUAUUGUUAUCAGCUUUAUCGUAGCGGGUCGAGAUACGACGUCGGCCGCCUUGACAUGGUUCUUUUGGCUAGUUUCUAACAACCUUCGAGUGGAAGAGGAGAUAUUGAAGGAGAUAAAGGAGAAGCCUGAAGCUCUUGACUAUGAUGAGGUGAAGCAUGUAGUGUACAUUCAUGCAUCGUUAUGUGAGAGUAUGCGUUUGUACCCACCGGUCCCAAUUGACACAAAGUUUUCCACAGAGGAAGAUGUUCUACCGGAUGGGACUUUUGUGAAGAAAGGAGUGAUAGUGACAUACAUUCCUUACGCAAUGGGGAGGACAGAGGCAAUAUGGGGUAAGGACUGGCCGGAGUUUCGGCCGGAGAGGUGGCUGGAGAAGGACGAAGCUGCUUCUGGGAAGUGGAAGUUUGUUGGUAAAGACUCUUAUUCAUAUCCGGUGUUCCAAGCAGGGCCAAGAGUAUGUUUAGGGAAGGAGAUGGCGUUCUUGCAGAUGCAGAGGUUGGUCGCUGAAAUAAUGCGACGGUAUCGGGUGGUGACGGCGGAGAAGGACUUUGAUCCCUUUUUCACAUCUUACUUGUCGGCCAAAAUGAAAGGUGGUUUUCCGGUGAGAGUUGAGCGGAGGGAUUAAGGUCCUGCUGUGGUGGCUGCAGCUUCGUGGUUGUUUUAUGUGCAUGGCACCAUUUCAUGUUAUGGACUUAUGGACAAUGUAUGUAGUCUUCUAGUUAUAAGGUCAGAUCCUCUCAAGCCGCUGGGACGCCCAUUAAGGCAUCCGAUGGCUGGGAUGGGAGGACCUGGACACCCCCCCUACCAUUGGAUGUCUCACUGGCGUCCCAGUGGCUGGAGAGGAUCUUUUCCCCAUUGCAUUAGGGUUUAAUAAGAGCCAAUAUGUCUAGGCUGUGUUUUAUUCCAAUAUAAAGUAAAUAAGUAUGUAUCUUCUUCUUCUUCAUUGAUUCCCUCUUCUUACCAAAACUGGUGGCAGAUAAUAAGAUUUGAUAUUUUUCAGAUCAUUACAUAA